AUGCUGAGCUGGACAGGCCGGGGGGCUUCAGAUACCAGCAGCAGCAGCAGCAGCAACAUCUGGCUGGGCUAUUACCUCAUGGACCUAAGGGGACAGGGCCCCUGGGGCUUCAGCCGGAUGUCACCCCUGGCCACGGCCAGAGCAGGAGACCCACUGGAUGUUACUCUGGAUAUCAAUGACUCCCAUGUCCAGAGUACCUCCAUCUGCAUCCAGGCCUCCUACAGGGGCCAUGGAUAAAGGAGUGAAAUGAGGGAGAAGGGCCUGCCCUGGGUUCUGGAGCCACUGAAGGACAUAGUUCACGCAGGCAAGCUGACUUGCUGAAUUUCGGUUCUCCCCGACCUGUUUAUCCACUGGAGUGAGGAUGCAAUGCAGGAUGUGGUGGCCAAUGAUGCAGAAUUGGCUUACCUGGAUCAGUUUAGCAUCACUGUAGCCAGUCCCUUCUGCCGGUGCUCAGAUUCCAUGCGCAUCCUUGUGGAAGUCCCGGUUAAGAUUCAAAAGGGACCUGAUAACACUAACGUGCAAAGACACCACCAUAGUAACACUGACCGCCCAGAUACUAGCGGGCUUCCCCAGGGUGUUCAAAUGGGCGCCAACACCACCACGUGGACCAUUCUCCAGACCACGCCCCAGGACAGCUGCAGGUGUGAGGUCAGUAGAGAAACAGCUUGCGCAGGGACCCAGCGCUUUCUCUCUGGUGGACGUGGCUUGAAAGGGACCGUCAGACCUUUCGCCCUGGCUGCGAGCCCAGGAACCGCUAGGUGCAGCCUCUCCCGGCUGUUGGCGCCCCCGCCCCUGUCCCUUCCAGGGCUGGCCACACCCCUUCCACCUCUAGUCGGGAUUCUCCUGUGA